UGCUAGUUCGGGCAAACCAGCAUCCGGAUGCUGGGAUGGACUAACCAGCACCGGAUGCUGCUUAGCCGUGUCCUUCCUUUAAGUUAUGUGGUAGUUGGCAGCUGGGACCUGUACUUGUGUCCCUCUCCUCUUCGGUGUAGUAUCGAUCUGAAUAUCUGAUUGGCAGCUCUGCGAGCUAACUCCAUUAUUUCAGAUGGAGUACUCCAAAGCCUGAAGAACUUCAAAACGGAAGGAUAGGCCCUGAACACAAUCUAUCCAGGAAAUGGCAUCUGCGGAGCACGGCAAGAAGCUGCGGAUCCUGCUCAUCCCCUUCUUCGCCACCAGCCACAUCGGUCCGCAAACGGACCUCGCCGUCCGCCUUGCCGCGGCCUGCCCUGACGCCGUCGAGCCGACAUUGGCCGUCACCCCGGCGAACGUCGCGGUCGUUCGGGCGGCACUCGAUCGGCACGGCGCCUCCGCGGCGAGCAGCGCCAUCAAGAUAGCCACCUACCCGUUUCCGCACGUGGCCGGCGUCCCACCCGGCGUGGAGAACCUCACCCCCGCCGCCGGCGACGCGUGGCGCAUCACGGCCGCGGCCCUCGAGGAGGGGCUGACGCGGCCCGCGCAGGAAGCGCUCAUCCGGGACCUGUCCCCCGACGCCAUCAUCACGGACGUCCACUUCUCCUGGAACUCCAUCGUCGCCGGCGAGCUCGGCGUGCCGUGCGUUACGUUCGGCGUCAUCGGCGCCUUCUCGUCGCUCGCCAUGCACCACCUCAGCAGCACACUCGACGGCAGCUCCGAGUCCGACCAACAGGAGGUGGUGGUCCCUGGGUUCCCAGGGCCGGAGAUACGGAUCCCGAUGGCCGAACUGCCGGAGUUCUUGAGGUGCCAGCAGAAGAACGAACGGUUCAACACGACCGUCCAGGGGAUAGGUACUACGGGCUUCGGCCUCGCCCGCAACACCUUCUUCGACAUGGAGCAGCAGUACUGCGAGCUGUACGCGCGCCACGGCUACGUGCAUCGCGCCUACUUCGUCGGACCAGUGUCGUUGCCGUUACCACGGGGCGGAGCUGCAGGCGUCGGCGAGUCAUCACGCGCCAUCACCAGUUGGCUGGGCUCGAUGCGGACAUGCUCGGUGGUGUACGUAUGCUUCGGCACCUACGCUUUGGUCUCGGACGAUCAGCUCCGGGAGCUGGCUCUCGGGCUGGAAGCUUCCGGCCAUCCGUUUUUGUGGGUGCUGAGGGCCGACGGGUGGACACCGCCGGCGGGGUGGGAGGAGCGCGUGGGGAAGAGGGGGAUGCUCGUCAAUGGCUGGGCGCCACAGACCGCGAUACUGGCUCAUCCGUCCGUUGGGGCGUUCCUGACGCACUGCGGCUCGAGCUCGCUGCUGGAGGCGGCGGCGGCCGGCGUGCCGAUGCUGACGUGGCCGCUGGAGUUCGACCAGUUCAUCGGAGAGAGGCUAGUGACGGACGUUCUCAAGAUUGGCGAGAGGGUGUGGAGCGGGCCACGGAGCACGAGGUACGAGGAGAAGGUGACAGUGCCGGCGGAGGCGGUGGCGCGGGCGGUGGCGAGAUUCUUGGAGCCUGGAGGAAGAGGAGAGGCAGCCAGGGUCAGGGUGCGGGAGCUCGCCCUCAAGGCUCACGCCGCCGUGGAGGAAGGCGGGUCCUCGCACACUGAUCUGCGCAGGCUCAUCAACGAUCUGAUAGAAGCAAAGGAGGCCGCCGCGCGCUGCCGACAGUGACACUGUUGACCACUCGACGUCGAGCUGAGCUGUCUGGUGUCUGCUGCCAUUCGUACGUGGCGAUCCCGCGUAAUCAAGUGUUUGUUUGGAACCUAAUCCAACAUUCGGUCCUUGGUGUCAAGAUUUGACUGUCUACUCGGAUAAUUAACCCGAGUCUCUCCUGUUUUGUUCUCCUAUUUUUGUGCCACGUUGCGGUGCAAGCUGGUACUAGAAUGCUAUCCUAUUUCUAACAUUUUUCUUAUAAAAAAGUUACGAUUAUGCUUAAA